AUGGACUCCCUGGCUGCAAAGCAAGAUGAGCCAUUCAAGGGCCCCAAUUUGAAUGUGACCCUUAUGUGUCCAGACUGCAAGGCUUUCCCUCCAAACCUAAUAGAGCGUUUCAGUGAAGGCGAUAUAGUCUGUGGGGACUGUGGUUUUGUGCUCAGUGAUCGUGUGGUGGACACAAGAUCGGAGUGGAGAACCUUCAGUAACGAUGACCAGAAUGGUGACGAUCCUAGUCGUGUGGGUGAUGCUGGAAACCCUCUUUUGGACAGCGAAAACCUCUCGACGAUGAUUUCGUAUGCUCCUGAAAAUGUGAGGGCCGGAAGAGACUUGAGCAGGGCUCAGGCAAGAUCGUUGGUCGAUAAGAAGGAUAACGCUCUAUUGACAGCGUUCACAAAAAUCUCACAAAUGUGUGAUGCAAUCCAGCUACCGAAGCUCGUGGUUGAUGGUGCUAAAGAAGUUUACAAGAUAGUUUACGAGGAAAAGCGGCUCAAGGGUAAGUCACAGGAGUCUAUUAUGGCGGCGGCGAUAUAUUUGGGUUGUAAAAUGGCGAAGCUCUCGAGAUCUCUUAAGGAGAUUUGGGCGCUUACGAAUGUCCCGAUCAAGACAACCGGAAAGGUCUACAAGAUUGUCAAGCAAAUCUUGAUUGAGAAGAGUCACAAGGAUCCAAACGCUUACUCAUACAUCAAGGACAGCGAGCAGGCCGUUCUGUCGUCGUCCGACGUUUUGAUCAGAAGAUUCUGCUCCAAUCUUGGUUUGAGUAUGGAGGUGACGAAUGCUGCGGAGGCUAUCGCUAUCAAGUGCUUCGAUGAGGGCAUCUUGGCCGGUAGAUCGCCCAUUACUGUCGCUGCGACAGUGAUCUACUUCGCCUGCUUACUUCAUAAUACCCUGAUAACACCCGCACAGAUUGGCACCAGAACCGGUGUCAGCGACGGUACCAUCAAGACGGCUUUCAAAGUGGCAUGCAAGGAUAGGGAUAAGUUGAUAGAUCCGAGAUGGAUAGAGAGUGGAAAAGUGAAGCUUGACAACAUUCCUCAGGUUUGA